CAAAGCGUGAGUUGGCAGCCCGGCGCAGAGAGGGCAGAGAUGGGACAUGUGUAGUAGGACUGCUGCAUCCUGGUACACAAGGUUCUGUUUGGGAUGUGACUUCUCCUGAUUCUGCUGCCAUGCAGCCAGUACUGGACUCUAGACAUCAGAAGUCACAUGGUUCAGGUGCAUUGGCACCAUGUGCUCUUUGGCCAGUGGACCUCAAGUUAACUCACCUGGAUUGGAAUCCCGAAGCAACCUUGAUACACUUCCAGGGACAGCACCUUAACAUAUGUGAACUUGACUAUAACAUUUUGCACUCGGAAAUACAGAAUGCACCAAAGACUGAAGCUGCGGUAGAUGUUGGAGAAUUUUGCCUUGUAGAAGAUUCGACUUCAUCUCGCUGGUUCAGAGGAAGAAUUGAGAACCAAAAGGAGGACUUGUUUGAUGUUUUCCUCAUAGAUCACGGUAGUGUCUUGAGUGCCAACAUUGCCCACAUAUCUUCCUGUUCAAGUGAUUUGUUCAUCUUGCCUCCAAAAAUAGUUUGUGGCUUUCUUGCAAAUGUGCUUCUGCUUCAGAGUUGUUCACACUCUGUAGUGGAGGACUAUCUCUCAAGCCUGAUUGGCAGAAAUGUCGCAGGUUACAUUCCAGCCCUCCUUCCUCAUGAAGUCCUCUUACUGGAAGCCCCUGACAUCAACAGUGACCUUGUUCGACAUGGCUUUGGGAGGCAUGUGGACACAAAUACCUUCCUUUUCUUGGUUGAGAUGGUUACAGAGAUGCCGCUCAAACAAAACAUAGCGCCAGUUCCUGACUUACUCAUUGAAAAGCCAAGAAGACAAGAAAUUUACUUCAAAUCUUCAGGUCUGCAGAGGUAUGAAGACAUGUUGUCAUUCUGUGGGCCUAGAUUGAGUUGUGGGAUGCAUGUUAAAGUGCGAAUAACUGCUGCUGUCAACCUUGGGCUGUUUUAUUGUCAAGUAGCUAGCAUGGAAACAGAUCUUUGGGAAAUGUCAAAGAAGAUGACCGCAAUUUGUGAGUACAGAACCAAGGAAUGCAACCAGAAGACUCCAGAGAACCUGGGUUUGCUGUGCUCUGUUAAAGGCAAAGAUGGGAAAUGGUACAGAGGCUUUGUGCAGUUUCUCCCAGUCAACUCUCAGGUUAGUGUUUUUUUCAUCGACUACGGAUUCUUUGAAUCUGUCAAAGUUGAGAAUGUCCACAAGCUGCCACCUGAACUUCAUUCAACACCAAUCAUGGCAUUUGCAUGCUCGCUCUCCUCCCAGAUUGAUCAGGAUAAUGUGCUCAAAACCCAGCAGUUGAGUUUCCUGAAGGCAGGAUUGCUUGGAGGAGUGUUAGAUGUGGAGAUCAGUGGCUUUGAUGAAAAGCAGUAUCUGUACUCUGUCACUAUAAUUGGUGCUGCAGAUGAUCAUGUGAAGGAACCAGAACCCAUUCAGAAGCUUCCUACAUUGAAAGUUGAGUCAGUUUUGGACACAGAAGAACUGUCAUCUCAGGGUGGGUGUUUGUACUAUGAGACGGUCAUGGGGGAAGCAUUGGGUAAAACACUGGAAGAAGAAGAAGUCCAGGUGGACUCGGUCUUUGUUGGGUAUGUUGAGUAUGUCCAGAGCCCAAACCACUUCUGGAUCAGAACACAAAAACGAAAUGAUUUGUUUGAAGAAAUGAUGACAAAAUUGACAGAACACUUCAGUAAUGUGAAGCUGGACGAAGAUGUGCUGAUGAAUCCUGACCUUGGGACACUGUGUUGUGCACUUUAUGAGAAAGACAUGCACUUCUACAGGGGUGUGGUGAUAGACACUCUUGAACAUGGAGCUGAAGUUCUCUUCAUUGAUUUUGGGAACAUUGAAAAAGUCCCGCACAUGCUCAUCAAGAGUAUACCGGAGACAUUUGCCAGCAAAUCACCAUUUGCCAUUUGUUGCUCCCUUGUUAAUGUUUUUCCUUUUGACGAUUUCUGGUCCAGCACUGCGUCAGACUUUUUCAGGCAAACUGUGUCAAACAAAGCCUUGCUGGUCCAUGUUGUUCAGAUGAGAAAAAACAGAUGUGCUGUUGACCUGUUUGAGAUGGGAGGCAGCAACAGUCAGAGUAUCGCUGAGCUCCUGAUCUCAUCCAAACAAGCUGAAUACAUUCCCAUCGAUUCUGUGGCACACAACAACACAAGGCUCACACGAUGGUGUGCAACAGUGGACAUCAGUGGAAAUAUAGAGCAGUGGAAGGAUUGUGAGGAGGAAGAGAAGUCAUGCAACAAAAAAGCUGAGAAAGCUCAAGCUCCUGCUAGCUUCAAAGCUUUAAUUAUCAAACCUGGGUUUGAGUUCGCUGUGCGCUGCUCUUAUAUUAGCUCUCCAUCAGAUUUCUGGUGCCAGCCUCUUGAUAUGGUUCCAGCUUUCGAGGAACUGAUGGAUGGAAUUCAGCAUUAUUACUCCACUUGUACAACCCCUCUCCAGUCAGGAGACUCCUGUUGUGUUGCCAAGUCACCUCAAGAUGGAAGGUGGUACAGAGCCUUUGUCAUAGAAAAACAGAGAGGUCAAGCAAAAAUAAUGUUGGUUGACAAUGGCUGUACUGUCCAAGUCAGUGCGAACAAUCUUCAGGCAAUAAUGCCCGAAUAUGUUUCUUUGGAAGGACAAGCUUUCAGAUGUAGCCUUUACAACCUCAUUGAACCUGCUGACACACAGAAUUAUGGGGACUGGGGUCCAGGGGUUUCUAACUUGCUGAGAGAGUUUAUCCUCAACAGCGGCAGUGGUCUAAAAUGUAAAGUUGUCUCUCACUUAAAUGUGAAAGACAAAGGGCUGUGCCAUGUUGUGGACCUCUACAACACCCAAACCCAACAGAGUGUCACAAAAGCACUCCUUGAACAGGGUCUGGUGAGAGGAGUGACUAUGUCAAGAAAGCAACAGUUGACAGUGUUUCCUGAAUCUUUUGUUUACUCCUCAUAUGGUGUGAAACCUGGAAAUGAGGAACGAGUCUACGUCACCCAUGUUAGCAGUCAGGGGGAGGUCUACUGCCAUCUUGAGAGAAACAAUGAAAUCAUUGAAGAGCUUGAAAGGAAAAUCUCAGAGGAGAGUGAUAAAAUGAUGAAAGCCAGUACGAAAGCUGUCGUGAGGAAACUGUGCCUGGCAAAAUACUUUGAUGGCAAAUGGUACAGAGGCUUGACACGUCCUGUUCAGUCGCCACUGCAUCUCAGUGUGUUUUUUGUGGAUUAUGGAAAUACAAGCAUAUCAGAGAAAACCGAUGUCAUGUUCAUUCCCAGGGACUCUGAUUAUUUGUUGUACACUCCCAUGCAAGCUAUGAGAUGUAGCCUCGAUUCAGUGUCCACGGCCGAGCUCUAUGCAGAUGUCAAGGAAUGGCUGAACGAAACAGUCCUCAACAAACUAGUGAGAGCCAUGAUACUUGGAAAGAGUGAAGAUGGUGCAUUUGUUGUUCAGCUGUUCAAUGGAGAUGUCAAUAUCAAUGAGAAGCUAAAAGAGCUCAUUCUUGGUCAUUCACAUAUACCAAAGACUAGUAGCUUUAACAUAAGCAGCACAAAGGCAGAACAUCACAGAAGAAACAUUUCCAUCAGGUGCAGAAGUCUACCAAAAAGGCAGUCUUCUACUUGUGCCACAUCUAAUAUCUACAGAGGCGAUAAAAAGAAAGAAAACAGAACUCGUGACAGAACUCGGAACAAGAACACAAAAUUGAAACAGGGAAAUGAGGACAAGUCAAAGAGCUGUGCCCCUGCACAACCUCCAAAAAACUCUCAAGGGAAAUGGCAAAGAGAGAACCAGGAUGCAAAGCCAGAGCAGUCACCACAAAGCAAGGUAACACAAAUUACCCGGCUCUCGCGUUUGUCUGACAAGAAUGUGAAUGCGGGCUUCUCGGCAAAGUGCUUCACCUCCCACAUCGACUCUGUUAACUGCUUUUUCCUUCAGCUGUCAGAGGAUGAACCUGCCAUCUUGAAACUGGGGGAAGAUCUCAACACAAGUAUGUUCAGGGAUUCCUUGAAGCUGACCACAUCUUUGAAAAUCGGUGACAUUGUUUUGGCUGAGUAUGAGGAGGAUGCCGCUGUGUAUCGUUCAGUUGUGAAGAGUUAUGAAGGCAGGUCAUGUGUCAAAGUUGAGUUUGUGGACUAUGGAAACUCAGCAGUCAUUGGGAAGGAAAAGAUCUACACCAUACCAGAGGAGUAUCUGUCUCAGCCAAGAUUCAGCAUACCAUGCUCACUGCUGGACAAGAGCAUGUAUGAAAAUGAUGCUUCUUUCACUGAUGCUGUGAUGGAGAAGCCGCUCAUGGUUGACUUUGUUCGUCAAAAUGGAACUCAUUGGGAAGUCAAGAUUGAGGUUGAAGAUACAGUUGGCCUUUGUUCAGCACUUGAAGCAGCUGUUGAAUGUAGCCGUUUAACUGAAAAGGAAGAAAAGUCUACAAUUUCAUGUGAAACCAAAGAGAAAGUCAGAUCCUUUGAAAAGACACAAGAAGUGUGCGAGAAUGAAGUAAGUCAGUCUGAAGGAACGAUGUCCUCUGCUGGAUGUGAAAACUCGAUGGUGGCACCGACACCUGUCAGGCCGUUACCUAAACUGAAGGCAAAAACCCGCCGGCGUCAUAGAGGAACUUCCUCCAAAACCAAGAGGUAUCCAAAGGCUCAUGGGAAAACAAAAACUUCCUCUGUCAAACCAACUGGAAACGAUGCAGAUGGAUUCCUACUUCCACCUAUUCGAGCCAAAGACACAGAGAGUGGAACACUUUUAUCGGUCCAGACUGAUGGCAGUUUUUAUGUCAGACUUACGAAGUCCAGUGACUUGCUUGCUUUACUGGAAAAUCAUAUCACUGACAGCAUAUACAAGUGCAAGACUGUGGCAGGAGAGGAUGUCAAAGAAGGCCUCAAGUGCUUAGUCCAGACACAGGAAGAGAACAGGUGGCAAAGAGGUGUUGUUCAGCAGAUACAUGAGCAAAUAUACCAAGUCUUCCUGGUGGACCAUGGAAUAAGAAAAGAAUUUCCAAGUGGCUCCAUCCAGCAACAGUGUAGUGAACUGGAACAGAUCCCCAAUCUUGCAGUGCUGUGCAAGAUGAACAGCUUGGGUUUCAGUACAGGAGAACAUGAUCACAGACUGUGUGAAACCCUCAAAACAAUAAUAGGCAAAGAAGUAAAGGUAGUUUUUGUGAGUUAUUGUGGAGCUGAUAACCUCUGGAUGGUUGAAAUCGUCAUGAAUGGACUGUUCCUCAUCCAACAAAUCAAAGCUUCACAGCAGAAAAAUGAAGAGAAGAUCCCUUCUCCCGCUGAAACCCAAAAUCACGGCACAGGAGAAGGAUGUACCUCAGAUACGAGCCCUCCUCAACAACUUGUCUUUGCGCCAGUUGAUUUAGACAAAGCUUAUUCUGGCUUUGCUGCUUCAGUUACAACUCCCUUUAAGUUCUGCGUUGUUCUUGAAGACUUGCUUCUCACCAUGAACAGAUUGUCCAUCAUGUUGGAUGAGCUGCCCGGCCAAAUGUCUUCAGUUCCCGAAGCGCACCUUCUCGCUGGUACUUGUUGCCUGUUGAAAUCAGACUCCAGGAAUAAGUGGUGCAGAGCUGAAAUUGUACACGUCGACCCCACAGUGGUCCUGAACCUCGUGGAUUAUGGCCAUUAUGAAUACAUGCUGUAUGAUGACUGCUCCAAGCUCAAGAAGCUACCAGAGGAAAUAACAAACCUCCCAAAGGUGACUUACCCCUGCAGCUUGAGAGGGAUAAAGCCUGUUGCAGUGGAUGGACAGUGGAGUGAUGAGGCGACGGUCUUCUUCCAGCAGUGUUUGUACCAGAAGAACCUCCAGAUCUUCUUCAGAGAGUUUGUGUCAACCACACACUGGAAGGUGGACAUUCUUGCAGACGGCAUCCAUGUUGCCAAGGAGCUGGUGGAUGCUGGACACGCCAGUUAUAUGGACGUCAUGCUAGGACUCAGGUUCCAAGAGCAGAGCCCCUGUGAAGCUCUUCCCCGACGGUCCGACUGUGAGGAAGAGUGUGGGCAGGAAGAGAAAGGCUCGGAUGAAACUGAGAGGAAGAUGUCCCUCAAAACAAUGUCUGGAUCUAGUCAGUGUUCCCUGAUGUGAAGCUGCCUGGUUAAACUUGGACACAGUGAUUCAUCAUUAGGCAGAUUAACGCAAGGGAGAUGCUGCUUAAUACAACUUUAAUUUACUAAUUGGUUAUCGUUGCAUAUUUUUAGUACUUUUUGUUGAUGUGUUAAAUCAGCAAUUAAUGAACAGUUUAGUAUUAGUCUCUUUUAGGCCUUAAAUGAGAUGUUUUCCUCAUGAGGUUGUUCUGUUUUGAGGUUGUAUUUACAUGAAUAAUAUAUUUUGAUGAAUGAGUUAUUUUCUGUAUCUUUUUUGAAAAUGUUCAUGUCAGUGUUCUUUGGCAAAAACUAAUGUGUUGAUUGAUGAUUUGUUUUUGACUAUGUGAACUAAAUAUGAGGCAGUCAAGAAGAAAUUUUGUUUAAUUAGAUUUUUUUUUUUAAAGGAAACUUGUAUGUGUAAAUUGUUCAUUUUGAAUUGUUGGAAUAUUUGACAAAAAGUGUUUCUGACACCUUUUUUAGAAUUAGUUCUUACACAGUUUUUGAGUUGAAGCCUUUUGUGGUGCAAAAUUAAAUCCUUAUUUGUACUUAUUUUACUCUCAGAUCCUUUGUUCUCAGUUAGUGGUAGGCCAUGAAAUAAUCAGGAGUGUGAAAACAAAAAAUGAGAAAACACUACUGGUGAAGAUGAGCUGCAGUCUUACGUGACACCACUGGAUGGCACUGUUGAGCCAGCAUUUUUUAUUUUUUUUUAUUAGUAAAUAUUGCAGCAUCCUCAUCCUGUCACUCAAUAUUAAAUGGUAAUUGUUUACAUUGAACAUUUAGUU